AGCAAAUCUGCUGCCUUCCCACUGCUGAUACAGAUUACACAGAUGCUUGCCUUUCUGAAAUGCCUUUUGUGAAACCUAUGUACACAGUCCUGCACUGUAACUGUACAUAACGAGAUACGCCAGGAAGGAAUUUGACAAGUGAUUGUUAAUUCAAGAACGCUUAGGACAAGCACUCACUUAUGUAUUGCUGUAGUGCACAAGAAAGCAAAAUGGACUACAAGCGACGCUUUUUGCUUGGCGGGUCCAAGCAGAAAGUGCAGCAACACCAGCAGUACCAAAUGCCCGAGCUGGGCAGGACCCUGAGCGCCCCUCUGGCAUCGCCCACCCCGACCUCCCCCCUGGCGUCCUCGGCUGCUGCGGGCGGCUGCACCCACCCCGUGUCCCACACGACUCCGAUCGCAGACAUCCAGCAGGGAAUCUCCAAAUACCUGGAUGCACUCAACGUGUUUUGCCGUACGAGCACUUUCCUCACAGACCUUUUCAGCAGCGUGUUUAGGAACUCGCACUAUUCUAAGGCAGCUAUGCAACUGAAAGACGUGCAGGAACAUGUCAUGGAAGCAGCGAGUCGACUCACAGCAGCAAUAAAACCAGAAAUAGCAAAAAUGCUGAUGGAACUGAGUGCAGGAGCUGCAAACUUCAAAGAUCAAAAAGAGUUCAGCCUACAAGAUAUUGAGGUACUUGGGCGAUGUUUCUUGACGGUGAUGCAGGUCCACUUCCAGUUCCUCUCACAAGCUCUGCAGAAAGUCCAGCCGGUGGCACACUCCUGCUUUGCUGAAGCUGUAGCUCAGGAGAGAAAGAACAUUAGUGGGACUGGAGGCUCAAAUUUAAGCCCCACAAGUGAGUUAGAAGAUGCAAUAAGAUCGUGGAGAGGAGCAGCAGAGGCCACAUCUCGACUGCGAGAAAGAGGCUGUGAUGGAUGCUUGGCAGGAAUUGAAGUUCAGCAACUUUUCUGCUCACAGAGUGUGGCAAUCCCUGAACAUCACCUCAAAGAACUAAACGUGAAAAUUGACAGUGCUUUGCAGGCUUACAAAGUGGCUCUGGAGAGUUUGGGCCAUUGUGAAUAUGCAAUGAAGGCUGGCUUCCACCUGAACCCAAAAGCUAUUGAAGCAAGUCUUCAGGGCUGUUGCAGUGAAGCUGAAGCCCAGCAAACAGGAAGGAGACAGACUCCACCUCAGCCCAUUCAGUGUGAGCUGCCCACUGUACCUGUGCAGAUCGGGUCCCAUUUCCUCAAAGGAAUCUCCUUUAAUGAGUCGGCAGCAGAGAACCUGAAGCUGAAAACGCACACGAUGCUGCAGCUGAUCAAGGAAGCUGGGUGCCACAAUGGACUGACACCGCGGGACGACUCUCCUGUUACUGAAGUACUAAACCAGGUUUGCCCUUCCACUUGGAGAGGAGCCUGCAAAACUGCUGUGCAGCUGUUGUUUGGCCAGGCUGGACUGGUGGUUGUGGACACGGCACAGAUUGAAAAUAAAGAAGCCUAUGCUCCUCAGAUAAGUUUAGAAGGAUCAAGAAUUGUGGUGCAAGUUCCAUCAACUUGGUAAAUAAAA